AAACACCAGUCUUAUUUACAUAACUGUUUGGGGCUUUACGCACUGGCGUCAUUCGUUUUACUGUUGCAGAGUCACGGUUGGGACGUACAUAACAAAGUGCCUAUUCUGACCACUAAAAUGGUGUCUGAGUCAAAGGACGAUGAAGAAGAGAAUCUUCAGACUGCCUUCAAAAAGCUGAGGGUUGAUCCGGAACGCUGCAUAACUUCUGUCUGCGUUUCUGAAAAUGCAAGUCCGAGAGGAGCUCUGUCGCUCACUGAAGGUGUCAAACCCAAGACUGCAUGCGUAACAAAGGAGAUAUGGCAUGGCCCAAGGAAAUCUUCCAGAGGAACCGCUCGGACUAGUCGAAGAAGGCGCUCAAAGUCUCCAAUUCUUCAUCCUCCUAAAUUUACCUUUUGCAAUACAAAAAACACUUUACCCUGCAACCAGAUGAAGCAAGUAGGCCAAGCAGAGGUACCCAAGGCUGCCAUUUCUGCAGAAGUGUCUGAAACCAGUGAAUUUGUUUCAGCAUGUCAGCCAGAGUCUGUUGAUGCAACUGAUUACAAAGUGUUAGCUGCUGAAGUCCAGGAAGUAACUUGUGUGACAAAUCCUUCAGAGCAUCGGGACAGAAGCUCUUGUAAUCAGAAGACCAGUCCUGAAGCAAAGGUGCAGCACAGGCAUGUUUCUGAUUUUCAGUCUUUUUCCCAGUUUAAAGAUGGUGUAUGUUCCUGCUCGCAGGAGGUGUGCCAUUGCAGACAGUGGCACGAUACUGAAGUGUAUGCUUUCACAGGUUUGCGGGAUGUUAUUACAGAAUACGAAAAAAAUGCACAAGAAUCCCAUCUGAAUAGGACUCCAUCAAACACUGGGGCAUCUGGCUGUCCACGAUCUUGCUCUGAGCAAGCAAGAGGAUUUGUAGAUGAUGUGACAAUUGAAGAUCUUGCUGGCUACAUGGAGUAUUAUUUGUAUAUUCCCAAGAAAAUGUCUCACAUGGCUGAAAUGAUGUACACUUAACCUUGUUAGUGUUGCAUAUUAAAUGAAACACCCACAGCUUGGAAUUGGAACUUUUGUGGUAGGAGUAUAGGAUUACGUAUUUUGCUUUCUGUUGUCUGUUCACUGUAUUUGUAAUAAAGUUUUCUUACUUGGCA